AUUAACGUGAGUGGCUUGCGCAUUGCUCUCCAAAACCUAAACGUUCAGCUCUCAAACGAAAUCUGCAAUCAACUGUUCAUGAAGCACGACACGGAUAACAGUGGCAGCAUUCAGAUCAACGAAUUCCGCGAGAUUUACCGUGAAAUCAACGAGUGGAUUGCGCUUUUCAACAGUUUAGAUGAGGACCACUCAGGGAAAAUGGAAUAUGGCGAAUUUGUAAACGCAAUGAAGCGACUCCAAUUCCAUGUUUCUGAUCAAAUGUUUCUCCCGCUUUUCCAGAAUAUUGACACUCUUCACAACAAUUUCAUCGAUUUGAAUGGCUUCAUCAAGGUGGUUUCGAUUUUGCAGGUGUUGGAGAUGAAGUUUGCAAUGCGCGAUACGACGCACAGCGGACGUAUUACUGUCGAUAUUAACGACAUUCUGGAUUUUAUCCUCACUCUUCCUAUUUAA